AUGUUCACUGCCAAAGGUCUCUUCUCGGAGGUCGUGUGUCCAUUCCAAGAAACAUGCAUCCUCCCCAGAUGUAUGUUCAAACACAGUAGUCCUAUAAAAACGGCAGCAGAGACUUUGGUCACGAGCAAUGAUCAAACGAUAGCUGGACAUGAUCAAAAUGGGCAGCGUAAGCGCCAGAAGCUCGACGAUGAGAACAGGAGCGCUCCGAAAACUGCUGGGCUAGGCUCAGGACAGGUGGACAAAGAGAAGACACAAACCUCAGCUCUACAAUCCAAGGCUAAUGAAAAGCCUCGUGAGCAAAGUUAUCCAGCGACGAGAGAGAUUUCACCACCUCCCUUGAAACGAAAGAUUGAGAAUGGCACUUCAACACCAGCAAAGACCAGUCCAAGCUCUAUGGCCACCCCCAAAGCCGUAGCCAAGACCACGGCGAAGACACCACUGAAGAAAGAAGGUCUAAAUCCCCGUGUGCUCAAGUGCAAAGCCCCAGCAGGCCAUGAUAUGCGGUUCAAGCUGUUGAAAGCUCUUCAUACAGAAUUUCACCGGUUGAACUCAGAGCUAGCCAAAGAUGCAAACGAUGCCGAGGAAGAGCUGGUUCUCUCUGAACAGGCUCUCAUCACGAGAGCUCUUGACUUCGAGGAAGAUGCAGCGGCUUCAGCUGCUGUGUACUCGAAUCUUGUGAAGAACAAGAUUCUGAUCUACAAGAGAAUGAAGGUCUUGCAGUGGGUCGAGGAGAGAAAGAAAGAAAUAGCACAGGAGAAGGCUAAGCAAGCUGCUCUCAUGUCAGACACGCCAGUUUCUAAGCCUGCUGGACCACCGAAGGAAAUCGAAACCGGUCUGAACAUCGACGAAGAACUCGCCCUGCUUCAUAGACUCUACACCCCUAUCUCAGAUCUAGCUCAGCACGGAUACGUUGUUUCGAUUCCAACCGAGAAAGAAAUCGAGACUGCUAAACAAGGAGUAGAGGCUGCUCACGGCUGGGAGAACUGUGAUCGCUGCAAGUCUCGCUUCCAGGUCUUCCCAGGCAGGAGAGAAGAAGACGGCGCUCUGGCAUCGGGCGGAAAAUGUACCUACCACUUCGGCAAGCCAUACUGGCAAGAACGCUCUGCUACGGAUCCCAAAGCCAAGCGAGAGAAGAAAUUCAGAUGCUGUGGGGAAUCUCUCGGCGAGUCUACUGGAUGCACCACAUCCGAGAAUCACGUCUUCAAGAUAUCAGAAGUCAAGAGACUCGCCGCUAUCUUGAACUUCGAAAAGACGCCAGAGAACCCAGAGAAGUUCUCUGAUCGCCCAGUCUGCAUAGACGGCGAGAUGUGCUACACAGUGUACGGCCUCGAACUAGUCCGUCUAACUGCAACAUCCUGGCCAACUGGCUCUCUUCUCUUCGACGUUCUCGUUCGUCCCAUCGGUCCAAUCCUCGACCUCAACUCCCGUUACUCAGGCGUCUGGCCGAAAGAUCUGGCUGAGGCCCUUCCCUGGUCAGCUGACAGCCCGUCCCACCCAGCUGCUCUCGACCCUGAAGCGAAGUCUGCUCUCCGUAUAGUCGAUUCCCCAGCAGCUGCCCGCGCCAUACUAUUCUCUUACCUCUCACCCGAUACGCCUCUCAUAGGCCACGGUCUCGAAAACGACCUGAACGCUUCUCGCAUCAUCCACCCCACCAUUAUUGAUACAGCACUCCUAUAUCCCCACAAAGCCGGCCUUCCCUACCGUAACGGCCUCAAAAUGCUCAUGCAAACCCACCUUAACCGCCACAUCCAAGUGGUAGUCGACGGCAAGAUGGACGGCCACGACAGCAAGGAAGACGCCAAUGCCGCCGGCGACUUGACGAGGUUCGCGUUGGCAAAUGAGUGGAAGAAGAUGAAGGGGGAAGGAUGGCGAGUCCAGGACGGGGAGUUCAGACCGCCGACUCCGAGAGAGGGAUUGAAUGUUCCUACUGGGUCCAAGGUGGGGCUGACUGUGUGGGAGCUGGAGAGGGAGGAGCCGAUUAGGAUUUUGACGAAUGGCGGUGCCGGGAGGAAAAGGGAGAGAGAGGAGAUGGAGAAGAUUGAGAUGGAUUGA